AUGAAGUCCCUAAUGCUAUUCUUUGUCCUGGUCAAUCUCAUUGCUUUGUUCAUUACUCUUUCCGCUACAACAUCUAACAAUGAACAAUUCCUUAGCGAGGAUGAUGAAACUCAAGAAGCAAUUUCUCUCCGUGGGACUAGCCGGUUUCUAGCUCAGAAAAAUGCCCGAGUUGUCAUGACAUGUGACAAGUACCCUAGAGUUUGUCAUGCCAAAGGCAGCCCGGGGCGAGAUUGUUGUAAGAAGAAAUGUGUGAAUGUGUUAACAGACAGGCUCAAUUGUGGGAAGUGUGGGAAGAAAUGUAAGUACUCAGAGAUUUGUUGCAAAGCUAUGCUUAAAGUUAAAGAUGAAAAACCAACUUCAAACCAAUCAGGAUCAACUAGUUGUGCAGCAGGCUAG